AACUUAAAGCUGAUCAGUACUACGGAGCAUUAAUGUCAGCCUCCAACAAUUUAUAUAAGGGCUUACUGCUCUGCAGUUUUCUAGCAUUCUUGCAGUGCAUAUCCGCUGAGGUGGGAAAACUAGUCUGCUUCUACGAUGCUCAGAGUUUUGUGCGUGAAGGCCCCGCUCAAAUGUCGCUGGCGGAACUGGAGCCCGCCCUGCAGUUUUGCAACUUUUUGGUCUACGGCUAUGCGGGUAUCGACGCCGAGACCUACAAGAUCAAGAGCUUGAAUCCUUCGUUGACUAGGGACCACCAGCACUAUCGUCACAUUACCGCUCUGCGCCAGAAAUUUCCGCAUGUCCGGUUCCUGCUCUCGGUGGGCGGUGGUAGGGACUUGGACUUGGACAGCGAGGGCGUGGCAGAUACUGGCAAGUACCUGAGACUACUGGAACAGUCGGAGCACAGAAAAAGCUUCCAGGCCAGCGUUAUGGCAGAGCUGAACAACAACGGCUUCGAUGGACUCGAUCUCGCCUGGCAGUUUCCCAAAAACAAACCGAAAGUUCAGCAGGGAGUUUUUAAGAGGGUUUGGGGCUCUGUUCGUGGCUGGUUUAGUUCCUCAUCGGUGGACGAGAAGGCCCAGGAGCAUCGAGACCAGUUCGCCACCCUUCUGGGAGAGCUGCAAUCGGAUUUGCGACGCGGCGGACAACUCUUGACCGUCACCAUGCUGCCACAUGUUUCAGCAGAACUCUUCAUAGAUGUUCCCACGGUUCUACGCCAUGUGGACUUUGUCAACCUGGGCACCUAUGACUUCCAGACCCCGGAACGAGAUCCCAAGGUGGCAGAUCUGCCGGCUCCACUGUACGCCAUGUACGAUCGGGAUCCCAGCCACAAUGUGCGGUACCAGGUGGAGUAUUGGAUGAACCAAACCUCCGAAAUCAGUGCCCACAAACUACACGUGGGAGUGGCCAGUUAUGGACGUGCUUGGAAUAUGACUCGAAACUCUGGAAUCACUGGCUAUCCACCAAUUCCAGCGGCAAAUGGAGCUGCUCCGGCGGGAAGGCAAACUGUUACCCCCGGAUUACUGAGUUGGCCGGAAACUUGUGACUUGCUCCAGCAGCUGCCUCCGCAGGAUCGGGAAGUCCCGCAUCUGCGCAAGGUGGGCGAUCCCACCAAGCGUUAUGGGAUCUACGCCUAUCGGGCGGCCGAUGAUCAUGGAGAUAAUGGCCUGUGGGUGGGCUACGAGGACCCCACAACGGCGGCCAUCAAGGCCGGCUACGUCCAAGCCCAAGGAUUGGGCGGAGUGUCCUUCCACGACCUGUCCCUCGAUGACUUUCGAGGUCAAUGUGCCGGCGAAAAAUUCCCCAUCCUGCGAAGCAUCAAAUAUAAGCUUUAAGCUAACC